AGGGAGUGGCUGCAGAGCGUGCUGCUUUGCCAGGGAAUCCUGCAAGCUCCAUCGUGGAGAUUGUGAGGGAGUCCCAGGGGAAUAUGACGUGUGCGUCGGUGGAAAUGUGCUCCACGGAGCGUCGGUGUCGGUAGGAGGACCGAGCAGCAGUGGGAUAGAAAAGACGCGCGUCUAUAUCGGGACACCCCCAGCUGUCAGCGGCAGAAACCUGACCAGGUGGCUCCUUCCUUUAGCUGGACGCGUCACGACGCAGAGCAACAACAGCUUGCUAAUCUCCUUCUCGGUGACGCCAGCAGUGCGCGUAAAACCUGGACUGUGCUUGGUUUUGGUCUCCACUGUCUUCUUCACUCAAAGUAAGACACGGACAGCGUCUUUUAGUCUUCGGGAUGUCUGAGUAAUUGGAAACGAUGACUCUUAUUGCUUGGAUUUGAUCAAGUCUCCCGCGUCAAAACUCACUUUGACAUCAUGUUGCCAGAGAUAAAUAAGAUGUCACGCCCAGAGGCCUUCCCUCAUAGACACCCAGCAGAGGGCAGUCGUCUUGGGACAAACCGAUCCUGCUUACAGAAGUUUGGCCAAGGAGGAGGGACUUUGCCUCAGCUAGAGCCUCCGGUGGUCCAGGUGGUAGUCAGCAAUGCCAAGAACCAGCAGCAGCAGACCGACAGCAUCCUGCCCCAAAUUGUCAACAAGGGGGUCCAGAACCACUAUCAGACAAACACAGUUGAGAGGCAAAAGCCCACUCAGCAAUUCACCAUGCGAUUUGGCGCAGCCAUGGAUAAAAUGUCCCGCAGCAGUAAAAUCUUCAGCAACAAGCCGGAUAAAGAAAUGGCGCACGAGGGACACAGGCUACCCUUGUCUCCCACAGACGCACUCAACAACUUCCAAGAUCGUCUCACUGAGUUUGAGAAGGAGGAGAUCAUGGACUACGCCGAGAUCUGGUUCCUGGGUCUGGGCUCUCAGAAGAUCGAGGCUUCGCAGGCUGCAGCGCAGAACUGUGGAUAUGAUGACGAGCAUGGAAGCUACAUCAGGGUGCUGCACGACCACAUCGCCUACAGAUUUGAAGUGCUUGAAGUGAUUGGAAAGGGCUCCUUCGGGCAGGUGCUCAAAUGUCUGGACCACAAGAACAAUGAGCUUGUAGCGGUUAAGAUGAUACGCAACAAGAAGAGGUUUCAUCACCAAGCUCUCGUUGAGCUGAAAAUCCUGGACGUGAUAAAGAGGAAGGACAAAGACAACCUCCACAACGUCAUACACAUGAAGGAGUACUUCUACUUCCGAAAUCAUCUUUGCAUCUCCUUUGAGCUUCUCGGGGUCAACUUAUAUGAGCUCAUCAAAAAAAACAACUUCCAGGGCUUCAGCGUGGCUCUCAUCCGCCGGUUCACCCACGCGCUCCUCAGGUGCCUGCAGAUGCUCCACAGGGAGAAGAUCAUUCACUGCGACCUCAAGCCGGAGAACAUCCUUUUGUCUCAGAGAGGCCCAGGGAACAUCAAGGUGGUGGAUUUUGGAUCAAGCUGUUAUGAACAGCAAAGGGUGUACACCUACAUCCAGAGCCGCUUCUACCGCUCCCCGGAGGUCAUCCUGGGUCACCCCUACAGCAUGGCCAUUGACAUGUGGAGUCUGGGCUGCAUCCUGGCUGAGCUCUACACCGGAUACCCUCUCUUCCCUGGGGAGAGUGAAGUGGAGCAGAUGGCUUGCAUCAUGGAGGUUCUUGGAAUGCCUCCAAGUGAUUUUGUUCAGUCUGCAUCAAGGAAAAGGCUCUUCUUUGACUCAAAAGGGAAUCCCAGAAACAUCACCAACAGCAAGGGGAAGAAACGAAGGCCCAAUUCCAAGGAACUGUCAACUACACUGAAAUCAAAUGAUGCUUUAUUCUUAGACUUCAUCAAACGCUGCCUGACUUGGGAUCCAACUAAACGCAUGACGCCCGAUGAGGGCUUACAGCAUGGCUGGAUCCUGGAGGGGAAUUUCAACAAGGUGAGGCCCAGAACCAAACUAUCAGUGAAGAAGCAGGCAGACAGUGUGAUCAAGACGGACAGCAAUGGCGGACACAAUUACAGCAAACAAGCUCGUGGGAAAUCUGAGAGGUUCAGCUCUGAAGACAACUCUGACAAGAGAGAUGGUUCCGACACAAGCAGGGCCCCCAGUGAGCGUCUGCGGCCUAUCGGGGCUUCAGCGGAGGAGAAGGUGUGCGAGAGCGAGAAUCGCAAGCCGCAGGAUUCGGGUUCAGAGAGGCCCGUUCACAUCAUCAUCCAACCACGGGAGGAAGACAGCACAGAGAGCCAAGACAGCCAAGAGUCGUCUCCUUGGUUGCCGCCUGUCAUGUAAGGGAGUCGUGUUGCCUUCAAGGGAAAUGGGAAAACACAUACAGCGGCUGAGAUUGUCAGGAAUAUAAACUAAAAUGGUAUUAUCCAGGCUGAUGGUGACAUGCUGGUACAAAGGUUGCCAUGUUUUGUGAGAACAUGACAUCCUGAAACAUCCUCUCUUAGGUGUCAGAGGCAAAGACACUCCUCUGCUGACACGUGGGAGAACAAACCCUUUUAGAAGUUGAUGCACAGAAACCGCAGCAUCAAUCAUCAGCGUAAAAAUGCAUCAGCUUCAGUUUGUUUAUGACAAUGUAGUACUUACUGUAAUAUUUUGUAUGUUAUUGCCACAGAAGAAUGCUCAGAAAAGGUGGUUUCAGCCUAUCGUUUUACCAAUUGGAAACAGUCUUUUGCUGAGCAUUGAAAUCCCCAAAAAUAGACAAAGAAGCUCAUUUAUUUCCUCUUCUCUUCUUUCCCCACUAUAAAAGCACAGUACGUGUACAAUACAGGCUGUGCCAAAACUGUUUUUAUGGUAAGACAUCAUGUACCUUUUCAGUGGAGAGUAUCAAUCUUAUUGAUUUCUUUUAGCAAAUGUUUCAUAUGUGAUUAGAAAAUGAUGUACAGUACAAUCAUGUAUUUGUAUUGGCGUUAAUGUGUAUAUAUUCCUGCUGUUGUGUCCUACAUAUGUGUAAUACAGAUAUACAGUACAUAUUUCAAAUGUUUUUGAGGGGUUAUGUUUUUACUGUAUGAAAAUAUUUUCAAUGUCUGUGUUCCCAAUACGAAGAAAAAUACAAUCUUAGUUUUGUGCCUUGCAGUAUUAGAGCUCUUGCACUUUACUGAUGUGUGUGUACAUCUCGACUACAAAGGAUUCUUAGCAUUGUGCAAUAUAUGGAAUAUCCCUACUCUUGUCUGAUGUUCCAGUGUAGAAGCCUGUUGAAGCGCUUAUCGUUUAUUUAUAUACAUUAUUUUUGUCUUGCAUCGCCAUGAGUUUGAAUUUAAACUGACAAUAGCGUCCUUAGUGACAAUCACACCCCGCCAUCAGAGAUUUUAAUGGGAUGGACAUAAAAUACUGUAUGGGAGUAAAUCAUUUUAUCCUUUUCAUGUAUUUGAAUGUUGAAAUAAAAUGUUCUUUUCGUA